UAAGGGUCCUCAAUCUUCCCGGUGUUGCACAAGUCCAGAGGGACACGGUUUCAUCUCCUCUAAAUUAAUCACAAAUACUUGUUGUUAAAACAUGUAUUACAAAGUCAGUGGAGUCACAGGAAGACUAACGGGAGCAACACCGGCUGCCUAUGCCCCUCAGGGCCUCAAGGCAACGGUUCCCACAGAGCCUACCCCUAUGAUCUUUGGCACUCCAACCAAAGUGGUGUCAGAGGCAGGAGCGCCUGUGGAGUAUCUGGGCGUCAACAAGGUUCCUGAAUGGCAGAAAAUGUUCCAGAAGUCCGACGGCAUUCCCAUUCACCUGAAGCGUGGCAUCAUGGACAAGCUGCUGUACCGCACCACCAUGGGGCUGACGAUAGGCGGGACCCUCUACUGUCUGAUGGCCCUGUACAUCGCUGCUCAACCCAGGAAACCCUAGAGAAACCCCUGCCAACCACCCCCAGCGCCCCUCCCCCAGAACUCAGCCUUUUUAUCCCCAUAUGCCUCCUCCCACGAUCCAUCUCCUACAAAGAGGAGUGCUUUGGACAGUGUUGAUUACUGCUUCUAUAACAUUCAAAAGUAAAUACAUCAGUCACACUGCUAAUCCCAAUCUGAUUUGAUGACUACAUCAUUAUCUGCAAUUGUAUUAUAUCCUGUUAUUUAUACUUGGUUAUGUAAUUCGAGGGACCCUACAUUUCUGUUAGAGCAGGUCCCCAUGUAAGCGGUGUGGAUACCUGGUGAGAACAAUGCACUUGAGCAGUUAUUCAGAUUCAGGUCAUCUGUUUCAUGAAUGUUUUUUGAGGUUGGAGUAAGUAAGCAUGUACACUAUUCACAAAAAGUCAGGGAUAUUUGGCUUUCAGGUGAAAUGGACCAGAACCUGAAUGGACCCAAGUCAGUACCUAGUAUUUUCUGUAUAGAAACAUGAAAUUUCACUUGAAUGCCAGAUACCCUUACCUUUUUGUGAAUAGUGUAUGUGCAUGCGAACUGGCAUACUGUGCCCAGUCUUAACCAAGUUUGUCCCAUUUGGGGUUGUAGGUUCAUGGAGGUUAAGCACCUGUUUGUGUCAUGGUCUUUGAGAGGAAGGCUUCUUCUUCCCAUUAUAGAAAUGACUUCAACAGCGGUUGAAAUAUAACGAUGGAGUGGUGUGGUAUAACUCGAGUGGAGGGUACACAUAACACAUGGCCCCGUCAGUAAUCAGACACCACCUGCAGCCAGUGCAUUAGCUGCUGACUCUUAUGGCACAGGAACAACAUGUGACCGGGAUGCUAAUGGCUUGUUCAAUGAUAUACAUGCCCAUUCCAUUGCAGGAUAUCCUGAAAUAAUAAAUAUAUUUUAUUUCGAAAAAAUGA